CAAAACCGAAUUAGCGUUGAGUGAUCGGAGCGGCUGCUCAGUGAGCGCGUGAGACUCGUUACAGCUUCACCGUGUUCUUCGACGCUUAUUUGUUUUCAUGAGACAUUUGUGUGUGUUUGUUAUUGUUGAUGACGAUGACGAUGACGAUGAUGAAGGCGCUACCGGCUUCUCAUUUAAAUCAUCCUCAUCCACCUCGUUUGGUUUCGGCGCUUCAACAACAACCACCGCAAACUCCCCUCAUUCACUGAACGCGCUUAUUCACGGUCUUUCUGGCACGGGCUUUGGAGCCGCGACCACCACAUCCGCGUCCACGGGCUUCGGCUUCGGAUCAGGCGGCACGGGAUUCGGCUCUCUGGCCCCGAGCGGUGGCCCCGCCGCCCCCGUUAGUUUUGGGGGGUUUGGUUUGGGCCCCGCGGCCCCUGUGUUCAGUUUUGGCAGUAGCCUCAGUGGAGCAGGUGCGUUCGGAGGGUUCGGCUCCACCACGACCUCCGCCGGCGCCGGCACCACCUUCAGUUUCUCCACACCAUCAAACGCAGGUGCGAGUCUCUUCGGAAACACUCAGAAUAAGGGCUUCGGCUUCUCGUCCGGUCUGGGCUCGAGCGCACCGGCGGCAGCGGGCUUCGGCGGAGCUCUGGGCGGCGCUGGACUGGGCUUCGGAGGAUUCGGUGGCAUCCAGCCCGCUCAGAACCAGCAGGGAGGAGUGUUUAACCAGCAGGCGUCUCAGUCCAGUCAGCUCUUUAACACAGCCAGCGCUCUCUCUGCCCCGUCGGUCCUGAGCGACGAGCGCGACUCCAUUCUGGCCCGAUGGAACCAGCUGCAGGCCUUCUGGGGUGUGGGAAAGGGUUACUUCAGCAGCAGCACACCGCCCGUGGAGUUCAGCCAGGAGAACCCCUUCUGCCGCUUCAAGGCGGUGGGCUACAGCUGUGUUCCUGAUGUGAAGGAUGAGGAUGGUUUAGUGGCUCUGGCUCUCAAUAAGAAGGAAGCUGACGUUCGCUGUCAGCAGCAGCAGCUGGUCGAAUCAUUGCAUAAAGUUCUGGGAGGAAAUCCGACUCUGACGGUCAACGUGGAGGGAGUGCGAGCGUUACCCGACGACCAAACGGAGAUGAUCAUUUAUCUGGUGGAACGUUCUCCUAACGGCACGUCGAAGCGAGUCCCGGCGUCCACGCUCUACAGUUACAUGGAGCAGAUGAACGUGAAGUCUCAGCUGCAGCAGCUGGGCGUGAUCAUGGCCGUCAGUCGCACCGCACUGACCCCGGCGCAGCUCAAACAGCUGCUGCACAACCCUCCCGCAGGUGUGGAUCCCAUCAUCUGGGAACAGGCCAAAGUGGACAAUCCAGAUCCAGAGAAGUUGAUUCCGGUCCCCAUGGUGGGCUUCAAAGAGCUGCUGCGCAGACUGAAGAUUCAGGAUCAGAUGACCAAACAGCACCAGACCAGAGUGGACAUCAUCUCUAAUGACAUCAGUGAGCUGCAGAGGAAUCAGGCCACGACCGCCGCCAAAAUCACCCAGUACAAACGCAAGCUGAUGGACCUCUCGCACAGAGUGCUGCAGGUGUUGAUUAAACAGGAAGUUCAGAGGAAGAGCGGUUAUGCCAUUCAGCUGGAUGAGGAACAUCUGAGAGUUCAGCUGGAAACCAUCCAAUCAGAGCUCAACGCGCCGACACAGUUCAAGGGGCGACUGAAUGAACUCAUGUCUCAGAUUCGGAUGCAGAAUCAUUUUGGAGCCGUUCGUUCAGAAGAGCGUUAUCGUGUUGAUGCCGACCUGCUGAGAGAAAUCAAACAGCAUCUGAAGCAUCAACAGGAAGGUUUGAGUCACCUGAUCAGUGUCAUUAAGGACGAUCUGGACGACAUCAAGACGAUUGAAGACGGACUUCACGACAGCGUUCACGGUCGCAGCGGGAAACUCAGCUGACGUAACGCACGGACUCGCCCGAUAGGCCCGCGUCGACGCUAACGCGCAGCCCGGCCUGUCCGCAAGGGGCGCGGCAGCAUCUUUGUUCACGUGUCGGAUCGCAGAGCUCACGUCUCAUCCCGAAUGUGAGUUCGGAGAACUGAUUCCUUUCUAAGCGUCUAAACGUGAGAAAUAAAUGAGACGGAAACGUCGGGAUGGUGACGCCGAUCGCUUUGUUUUGGAGCAGCGCAUUUAUUUUUACUCCUGCGUGUGAUUGUGUGCCUGCAGUAGGCUGGAAUGUUUAACUGUGUUUGUGAUUUGAUUAAUAAAGUACGUUUCACUGAAUGAA